AUGGCGUCAACAACGUUCAACGUUACCUUCUCCACAACGUCAUCAGUAAAGUUCAACGUUUCCUUCUUCACAACGUCAUCAACAACGGACACUAACAGCGCAGACAACUGGGAAUUUAUUGAUAGCGUGGCUUACAACAUCGAGACCUACUACCUGUGGGUCAUCCUAUUCCUUGGGUUCCCAGGCAAUUCUGCAACAAUCAUCACAAUCAUCAAGAUGUCUCCAGCACGGUCUCUCACCGUCUACAUCGCCCUUCUCGCUGUCGUCGACAACCUGGCUAUCGUCAUCAAGCUUCUCAUAUUUGUUCUGACAGAUCAUGGAGUUGACAUCGGUUCAUUUGGAUGCAAAUUUCUUGGAUUUUGUGGCAAUUUUCUAAUCACACUUGGCAACUGGAUUCUAGUGGCUUUGUCCGUGGAAAGAUUCGCUGCUGUGUGGUUCCCUUUAAAACUUGGUCAGAACUGGACUUUCAGGAAGUCUUUAAUUGUUGUCGGAGGAAUGACAGUUCCUUUGAUAGGUCUGUUCCUUCAUCUGUUUUGGACGACGGAUUAUGUCCCUGCAGAACCCCCAAAUACAGCAUACUGUGGUGUCCACGCUGAAUAUGUUGGUUUUAUCACCGAAUGUUGGUACUGGAUUAAUAUCGUCAUCUAUGCCAUCCUGCCCUAUGUUUUAUUACUGCUCUUUAACAGUCUGAUCGUAGCAGGAAUUAUAAUGUCCAGAAAAGUAAGCAGAAGGACUGACUUCUCUUACACCCUCACGAACACCAGGCGCUGGCAUAUCGAGGAAAUGGCUCUGUCCCUUGUGUUCACGUAUGGCAGUGUUUACAGCGUCAAGGCUGCAAAUGAAGCUGUCCUUUCUUCACAGUUUUGGCAGGAUAUCGAUGUCUAG